UUGAACAUUCAUCAAGCACAAUCAUACUGCUGGCCUAUUUGUUCUAAGCAUUUUUCACUGUCAAUUUUCUCGCCUUCCUAUAAUACCAGUUCCUCUUCUCGUGUUCUUAGUUGUUAAGCGCAGAGAAAGAGGCAAUUGUGGGAAGACAAGGUAAGCCCUAAUUUUCUCUUGGGGCCUGUAAAAUUUCUCUACUUUAUUGAGAAACUAACUUGCCCCGGUUAUAUAGUACGCUCAGUAAAUUUGGGGUCCAACGAUAUUGGAAAGACGAAUUUCCAUUGAAUUUCAAAUUGACCCAUUCAUCAUCUUUUGUUCAAACCCAACCCAAUGCAUCAGAUACACAGAUGGUGGUUUUGAAGGUUUAAGGGAAAGAGAGAGAGACAGGGCUUUUUGUACAGUUCUCUCCCUUUGUUUCUGAGCUCACUGAAAUGGGUUUUGGGUUGUUUAGUUCUAUUCUUCUUCUGGCACUGUUUUUCAGGCCCCUGGCUUGCCAACAACCCAAUACUGAUGGGUUCUUGGUCUCUGAUUUCUUUAAAAAAAUGGGGGCUCAGGGUUUCAAUUUCUCUGCUCCUGUUUGUACAUGGAAAGGCCUAUUCUGUGAACAAGACAAUGUUAUUAAGUUGGUAGCUUCUGGCUUAGGUCUAUCUGGUUUGGUGCCAGAUACCACAAUUGGCAAGCUCAAAAACCUUGAAUAUUUGGAUUUGAGCAAUAACAGAAUCACUGGUUUACCUUGUGAUUUUUGGAGUUUGAGUUCACUGAAAACCCUUAAUCUCUCAUCUAACCAAAUUUCUGGGAAUCUCUCAAGCAACACAGCCAAUUUUGGCCUACUUGAGACUUUGGAUCUGUCUAGCAACAAUUUCUCUGGGAACAUCCCUGAAGCUAUAGGAUCCCUUGCUAGUCUUGAGGUUCUCAAACUCAAUGGCAACUGUUUUGGUUGGAGAAUCCCACUGGGGAUUCUGAAAUGCCAUUCUUUGGUUUCAAUUGAUCUUUCAUCAAAUCAGCUGAAUGACAGCCUCCCUGAUGGUUUUGGUGCUGCAUUUCCUAAGCUCAAAUACUUGAACCUUGCUGGGAACGAGAUUGGUGGCCAGGCUUCUGCUUUGGCAGGGAUGGGAUCAAUCAGAUACCUUAACAUUUCGCGCAACCGGCUUCAGGGUUCUGUAGUUGCUCUUUCUCAGGAGCCAUUGGAGGUUAUCGACCUGAGCGGGAACCGGUUUGAGGGUCACAUUUCUCAGGUACUUUUCAAUUCUAGCUUCAAUUGGUCUCAUUUGGUUUACUUAGACUUGUCUGAUAAUCGUCUUGGUGGAGAGAUUUCUGGUUACCUGAACGAAGCCCAGAAUCUGAAGCACCUUAGUCUUGCAUGUAAUCUAUUUUCUGCACAAGCAUUCCCAGAAAUUGGUAUGCUCUCUGGCUUGGAGUACUUGAAUUUGUCUACAACUAACCUUGUUCAUCAUAUUCCUGCUGAAAUUUCAGAAUUAAUUAACUUGAGGUUGCUAGAUGUGUCCAAAAAUCACCUCAGUGGCCAAUUUCCUCUCUUGAACAUGAAUAGCCUCCAAUUUCUUGAUGUUUCCUAUAACAAUUUGAGUGGGGAAAUCCCAUCAUCGCUCUUGAGAGAGCUCCAGUGGAUGAAGAAGUUCAACUUCUCCUACAACAACCUAACCCUUUGCGCUUCAGAAUUUUCGAUACAAACCCUCCAAAUGGCCUUCAUUGGGUCACUGAAUAGUUGUCCAAUUGCUGCAAACCCAAAUCUUUUCAGAAGGAAAGCUCCCAAACAUAGGGGCCCCAAGCUAGCUCUGGUCUUAACCAUCUCAUUGCCUGCUUUGAUUCUGGGGCUGCUAUUUUUCACCUUUGGUUGCCGAAGUAAAACUAGAACACGGGCAGGGAAUCAGACAUCUUGCAAAGAACAACAAAAUAUGUUCGGACCCUUCACCUUCCAGACCGAUUCUACCACAUGGGUAGCUGAUGUUAAGGUUGCGCAGUCUGUCCCAGUAGUAAUUUUUGAGAAGCCAUUGUUGAGUUUGACAUUUGCAGACCUCUUGUCUGCAACUUCAUAUUUUGACCGCGACACAUUGUUGGCCCAAGGGAGAUUUGGGCCGGUCUAUAGAGGAUAUCUACGGGGUGGAAUUCAUGUAGCUGUCAAAGUCUUGGUCCAUGGCCCGACCAUGACUGACCCAGAAGCUGCAAGAGGGCUCGAGCAUCUUGGUCGAAUCAGACAUCCUAAUCUUAUCCCUUUAAUUGGAUACUGCUUAGCAGGCGACGUAAGAAUUGCAAUUUAUGAUUACAUGGAGAAUGACACUCUACAAACUCUGCUCCAUGACUUGCCACACGCGGUCCAAAUGGUGGAAGAUUGGAGCACAGAUAGUUGGGGAGAAGAUGACAAUGACGGCAUUCAAAAUGAAGGGGGGUUUGAAGGGUUGCUGACGGCUUGGAGAUUUAGGCACAAAAUCGCACUUGGCACUGCCCGCGCCCUGGCAUUUCUCCAUCACGGAUGCUCGCCUCCUAUAAUUCACAGGGACAUCAAAGCUACUAGUAUUUACAUCGACUCUGAGUUAGAGCCAAGAUUGUGUGAUUUUGGACUGUCCAAGAUCUUCGGGAACAGCUUGGAUGACGACGAUGAUGAAAUUGCUUAUGGAUCAGCCGGGUACGUGCCACCAGAGUUUCUUCAGCCAGCAAGCGAUUCCCCAAAGAAUUUCACUCCGAAAUAUGAUGUUUAUGGAUUUGGAGUGCUUCUGCUCGAGCUCAUUACUGGGAAGAAGCCGGUUGAAGAUGAGUAUUGGGAUGAGGAGGAAACCACGAAUCUGGUCGGUUGGGUGAGAGGGCUGGUCAGGAAGAAGCAGGGAUGGCGAGCUAUCGAUCCAAAACUUCGAGGAACGGGAUCAGAGGCACAAAUGGAGGAAGCAUUGAUGAUUGGAUAUCUAUGCACAGCUGAUCUCCCCUCGAAGCGCCCAAGCAUGCACCAGGUGGUUGGACUUCUCAAGGAUAUUGAACCAGCUCCACUGUAAUCUGUACUACUAGUGUUAUUAUGCAUGAGCUGAUCAGAAAUCUGGACCACUUUUUCUUGCAUUUUCCGGGAAUUCUUUCUGAAAUGCCCGCCCAGCAUCCUCACCUGAGACACUCCCCUGGCACAAUAGUUAGAUCAAAUUGAUUCACACAGUUAACAGAGUCACUGUAUUUGCAUCUGAAAUCAUACUGUACAUUGAGUGUUAUAAAAGCUUGGAGCUCACCACUCCACCUACCCAUUUCAA